UACUAUACCAAAAUCACAAUCUUAAAUAUAGACAAAAUAAAAAGGCUAAAUAUGAGACUCUUGAGAAUCAAAUAAAACUUCUUGAAAAUGAGAAAUUACGAUUUGAAGAAGAAAAUCGACAAAGGAAAUAUGACCUCCAAAGUUCAAUUGAUAAACUUCAGUGUAAAGUAGAACUUCUUCAAGAGCAGAAUAAAAAACUGAAAUCAGAAGUUGAAAAGAAACUUAGAAAUCUUUGCAAACAGCAUGCAACAGAAAUUAGAAACCUCAAACAACAAUAUGAGACAGAAAUAAGAAAUCUCCGUGAACAACAUGAAGUGAAGAUGAGAAAUCUCCAGAAACAAAAAAAAUUUAUCUCUGAAGAAACACCAAUAUACAUUAGUAAUUUUGAACAAGCAAAUCCUACGCAACUUUUACCCUUUAGUAAUGAGGAAUACCUGCAAACUUUCACAAUACUGGCG